AUGGCAGGUCCGCGGUGGGCGUCGUGGAACCUUGGGUGCUUCGUGUGCAUCCGUUGCUCCGGUAUUCAUCGCAAUCUGGGUGUGCACAUCUCCCGUGUGAAGUCCACCAAUCUCGACCACUGGACUCCCGAGCAGAUAGAGACCAUCCAGGCCCAGGGAGGAAAUGAGGCUGUGAAUGCGUACUACGAAGCAAAUUUGCCAUCGCACUUCCGCCGUCCCGUCAAUGACAGGGAUGCCGAGGACUUCAUCCGAGCCAAGUACGAGCGCAAAGAGUUCGUUGGCGGUCGCGGCGGUCGUGACCGCGAACGUGACAGUGGACGAGGAGAGCGCAGUAGCCGAGACGAUAGAGACCGACGCGACCGCGAUGGCGAUCGCAACAGUGACAGAUACGACCGCGACCGCCGCUCACCCGAUCCAAGGGACAACCGAGACAGAGACAGAAAUAGAGACACACGUGACCGUGACCGUGAUGUCAGGGGCAAUCGCUAUGAGGAAAGAGGUGCAACGGCUGGGAGCAAGUACGAAACCGACCGUAUAGGUGCAGGGGUGUCCAGCUAUGGGGACAGGGACAGGGGUAGCAGAGAUAGUGAUGCCACCGAUGUACGUAGUUCAAGCAGCCGCAAAGUGCCCCCAAGACGGGCGGUGGACCGAUAUGCACCCAAAGCUGCAGAACCGGACAGCCCUAGCCCACCCCCGGUGUCUUCGCGUACAUCCAGAGACAGUGGCAGAGACCGUGACAGACCACGAGACUACGGUCGCAGCGACCGUGAUGUGGGUGGACGUGAUGGUGACCGAGAGAGAGAUAGAGAUAGAGACAGCAGAGAUGCACACCGAGACAGGGACACUCACAGGGACAGAGAUCGCGACCGAGAUGAGGGAUAUGGCAGUAGGGGAGGCUAUGACGACGGUAAGAGCGCCGCGCCUAUCCGCAUAGAGAUGAAGAGUGUACCGGCUUCUACCAGGGGGGUGGGCCGAAGCGAUCGCGACAACAGGUAUGAUUCACCAUCACCGCAGCGCCAACGCAGAGACAGGGACAGAGACAGACGCGAUAGAGACCGCGACGGUUCGUCGCCACCACCCCACUCAAUGCACAGAGAUCGCCAUCGGUCAGAUAGAGACCGCGACUAUCGAAGGGACUCCGAUCGCAACGACAGACGCAGUGACAGAGACACUGACAGCCGCAGACGAAGCGACGACCGCCGCAGACCCAGCAGAGACGAGCGCAGCCUAUCUCCCGCUGGGCCCUCAGGACCGGUUGACCUAUUGAGCGUUGAUGCUGCGCCAAUGGCUAACGCACCGCCGCCCGGGCCAAACGCAGAGUUCGACACUCUGGCCAAUCAGUUCGGGAACAUGGCCGUCGCUCCCGAGAUAAAGUCCGCCAAAGACGACAUCAUGUCCUUAUUUGGACCCACCCCCACGGCUGUACCGAACAUGGGACCUCAAGGAAUGCAGAUGGGUGGAAUGCCCUCUAUGGGAGGCCUACCAGCCAUGCCAACGAUGCCUAUGGGGGGUAUGCCAGCCAUGCCUGCCAUGCCGGGAAUGCCCCCGAUGCCUAAUAUGGGCAUGUCGGCCAUGCCGGGAAUGCAACAAUCGGCGCCCACAGGCAUGCCAUCGAUGCCGCCAAUGCAAGGGAUGCAGAUGCCAGGCAUGCCCGGUAUGCCCGGUAUGCCCGGUAUGCCGGGACUGCAACAGCCCAACUCCCGUGGCAACUUAGACCCGGCACUACAGCAGAACGGACAGCAGCAAACUGGCUUGGGAGGCACUAUGUGGUAGUGAUAAUCUUUCAGAAGCGACUCCUUAUUGUGUAUUAAGGGUAUAUGUUGCCGGAUGGUGUAUAGGAACACAUGCAGCUGGUUAUGUAUAUAGGAACACAUGCAGCCGGUUAUGUAUAUAGGAACACAUACAGCCGGUGAGGUAUAAAGGUUCUGAACCCGGCUGAAACAGUGAAAGCGCACAUCGGACUACUACUGCACUGGAGCGUAUAUAAUAAAGUAUAACCCAGUUCGAGGGCCGGGCGUACGAUGCGUGCAUACGCUUUUGAGCAUUGUUUUA